GCUCUUUUAUUAUUAUAAUGCUUUCAUUCUACAUCGUGAAAUUGAAAAACCUUCCAUAGCUUCCUGUUUUCGUUAUUUUUUGCUUAAACUUCCUCUAUUUCUCUAGUACAAUUUCGAACAAUUUUCGUUCAAAAUUCAGGAGAAGCGGAAAAUUGUAUGCUUCCAUUGAAAGAUCAGAUUUGCUUGCAUUAUGAUUAUGUAAAUUCAUGAAAAAAAUUAUAUCAAAUUGUUUCCGCGAACAAGUUUAACCUCAUUUACUUCACAGAUCUCGAUACUUAUCGCUCUUCGUAGAAAAAUAAUUUUCGUCAAGGACACUGUGAUUAGGACAUCUCGCCCAUUUUUCUUCAUUUCAACAUGUCUCUCACCGGUACAUAUUUUUUUAACUAAUUUUCUAAGCAUUAUGAUUUUCGAAAAAUUCUUGCGCGUAGUUCAAAGAGAAAAAGCAUCAUUUAUAAGAAAAUAUUCAAAUUAUUAUGAUGUUCGAGCAGCUUAUCAAAGUCGAGAAAAUGUUAUAACAGACGAAAAAUUAGCGCAAAUAAAAGAACCAUUACAAUUACUUGAUGAAUGGUUCCAAUUAGCUAAGAACCAUCCUAACAUUUUAGAACCCCAUGCAGUUUGUUUGGCAACGGCAAGCAAGAAAGGCAUACCAUCAGCUAGGUAUGUGUUAUGCAAAAGUCAUAGUAAAGAAGGAUUCACAAUCUUUACUCAUUAUACUAGUAGAAAAGGACAAGAUCUGGAGGAAAAUCCAUAUUGUGCACUGACCUAUUACUGGGAACCAUUUAAUCGAUCUAUUAGAAUUGAGGGAAAAGCUGAAAAACUUCCGUUUUCAGUCGCUGAUGAUUAUUUCAAAAAGAGGCCAUAUGAGAGCAAAAUUGGGGCAUUAUGCAGCGAUCAAAGUCAGCCUAUAAAAAAUCGCAAUGUCUUAAUGGACAAAGAGAAAGAAUUGAAAGCGAAGUAUCCAAAUAACUGUGAUGUUCCAAGACCACCUCAAUGGGGCGGUUAUCUCAUUAAACCACAUACAAUGGAAUUUUGGCAAGGUCAAACUGAUCGAAUUCAUGAUAGAAUUCGUUUUCGUAAAUUGAAAAAUGAUGAGACUAUUGAUGAAAGUAUAUCCCAUUUGGUUGAGGAUGGUUGGUGCUGGGAGAGACUUGCUCCGUAAUUUGAUAAGAAUGGAAUUUUUCUUCCUGUAAUUUUUUUUGAAUACAUCGAUUUUUCCAUGGA